AUGGGCUCCUUAUUAUCACAUUUGAGCAGAGGAAGCGGUGACGCCGCGAUACCAGACUUAAAUAUCGAUCUUGAAAACGCAACCCCCACACCAGCAGAACUAGCUUUAUAUGGUCAUGUAUCUACCCUUCUUCGGCCAACGACUACACUAUUAGAUUCUCUACGGCGUUACGAAGGAUGCGGAGAUCUCAUUCGAAAAGCGAUAUCUAAUCCUACUCCUGAAAAUGAAGAGGAAGCAUGGCAGGCCGUUCAGCCGGCUGAUGCCCUUCCUGAGCUAUUGAAAGCACUUUGUGAAGGCAAUGUACGAAAAACGCUCGUAGAACAUCAGGCUCUUACAAAACUUCUGGCAGACAUUCUGGAUUUCGCGUUCGAAUUUGACUAUCUAAAGAUGAAAACUCCUUCUAUCCAAAAUGAUUUUUCGUAUUAUCGACGUACAUUAAGUCGAGGAAAACUUGCAGCAGAGACGGACUUAAAGACCGCCAUGAUCGAAGAUGAACUAGCCAACAGAAUCUCGUUGUUCUAUGCUUAUCCAACCCCAAUGUUGAAGACUGUAACAGACGUGACUGCUCUGUUUGUUGCAAAAAAUAAUCUGGGUAGAGGUGUGUCAGAAUGUUUAUCAGGAGUGGCUGCUUCUUGCUAUCACGCAGUCACAAAGAAAAGAGCCCAAAAGCCAGAAACCAUCGCAUUCUGCUUAAGGGUGAUGGUUGUAUCUAUCAUUCUCUACGAUCACAUCGACCCACAAGGAGCAUUUAAUAAACAAUCACCUAUCAACAUAAAAUCAACCGUUAAAGCCAUCCAAACGCAUGGCACGUCUGAGCUUUCUAAUCUGAUGUCUGCACUGCGAUUUAACACCAAACAUUUAAAUGACGAAUCUACACCAAAGAACAUAAAGCAGCUUCUGAGCAGCCACUAA